AUGCGGGGUAGCGGCAGUGGUGCUGCAUUGCCCAAGCGCGGGAAGGACAAGGGGCUGAAGCGCCGCGAAGGUGAUGAUGAUGAUGAAGAGCCCGACCGCCAAAGUGAGCGAGGAAGCAGAGCCUCCAAGAAGAGCAAGCAGAGUCAGCAAGUGGGUGGCCGUUCUUUUGUGAGGAAGUGCUACACGUGUGGCAAGACUGCCACUGAGACCACAUUCAUGAGCCAAGAUUCCACAGGAAUGCCUGUGGAUGACGGGUGUUACAACUGUGGCGGGACGUGGAGCGAGACCAACCCGGGCCAGCCGUGGAGUGCCUGUAAGGAGAAGUUCGACAAAGAGCCAAAGUGGCGGCCCAAGUUCCAGAAGUCGGCGAGGAUCCGGUCCGGGGAGAUCGAGGCACCGCAGUGGGACUCAGAAGGCAAUGUCCUGGACUGGGAGACCACGGAAAUGGAGAUCACACAGGAGUUGGGGCUCCUGUCUGAAAAUGAGUUCGAGUCCCUGGCGGGUUUCAGCGGAGCAGCCAUCAAGGGUGAGUUGCAGAAGGUGCCGAGCCACCUUGGCAUGGACAAGAGCUUUGUUGUCAUCACUCUAGAUGGCCUUCCCUGCACCGUUACCAACGGAAUGAGGAAGCUUCGAUGCAAGUACCGCUUCGGGCUGACAAGGCAGGACAUGCUUUUGUCAGCGGGCCGGCAGUUGGUAGAGGGGCAGGGCAAGGUGGUUUUCAGCUACCACAGCGAAGAGCAGCUCAAGCAGAGACCUAAGGGACUGCAGACCGAACAGCAGUUCAAGGAUCUCAAGUCCUUGGAUCCGUUGAAAGAGAAGGCCCAAAAGGCUUUGGCCAAGAGCGGUGCAGCUCCAGCCAAGACCAAAGACGAGAGCAGUUCCGAAGCUGAUGAGGACGAUGAUGGUCCCAAAGAAAAGAAGCUGAAGAUUCAGCAGUCGGGGCGACUGCAGAAGGCUCCCAAGCCGAAGAGGAAAAGCAAGGGCCAGAAAGCCGGAGAGCCGGAAGUUGCCACGGUUGAGGGUGAGGGGCAGGUGCCGAAGGAUUUGGAAAGCGUGGUGGAAGCCCGUGGGUCCACGCCGAAAUGCUUCCUGAAUCUGCACAUUCCCCGCAUUUUGAGGGGUGAGAAAUUGAUGCGCAGCGUGGAUGCUGCGAAGAAGAUCAUGGAUGAGAUGAAAGGCCAGCGACAGUUCCAAUGGAAAACUUUGCACAAACAUAUCGAGCUGUGUGAGCUGGCAAAUGGAAUGACCCACAAUGCCAGCCAGCUCAGUGCUCGAGAGUGCCGUUUGGCCAUGGAAAAGUUGCUGUCGAAGAAUAUCGAGUUGCCCUUCAACAUCCGCCUCGUGGGAACCGAGAAAAUCCUUGCCGGCACUUGGCACGACCUUCUCCACAGCCCCCAGAACACCUCUCCGCAGGACAUCAACAAGAUCGUGGACCAGAUGAUGAGUGUUCUCAUCAGCUGGCGACAUUGCUUGGGGGAUGAGGUUGAUGUUGCCAAGAAGACAAAAGAGGUGGAGAUCUUCAGCUUCGAUGGUUUGGCGGCAGAUUUGCAGGCAGAGAGGGAGGAUGUGGACGAUGAUGAAGAGCAGUCCAAGAUGUUGGAUACUUUGGAGGAGGAGAUGGAGUCAUCGAUUCUCCAUGCCAUGGGCUGCGGUGAGUUUUUUGCGAUGAUGGAGGAGCCCAAGCUCCACGAGCGCCUGAAAGGUGUGACCGUGCGGUUUGUGACCAAGUACACGGAAGACAAAGUGGAGACCUUGGAGAUGGGCAAGGGCACCUCCAGUGCAAUGGCCAUUGUGUUCAAGGCCAUGGCAUGCUUGUUGGUUCUGUUGGAGCCUACACCGGGCUACUUGGGGACCUCUACAAGCCAAGUGGCAAAAGUCAUGUCCUACGAGGGCAACGGCACCGACGAUGAUUUCUUGAGCAGCCUGCGGCUGGUCUUGAAGCUCGGAGGGAGUGCUAUCAAGUACGGGGAACAAUUGAAAGAGCAUGUGGCGAAGAUGAAGUCGAUCCUGGACGAGGACGGCUUCAGUGAGCACUUCGUCCAGGCCGUCAACAUCGUCGACACCUUGAAGAAUGGCCUUCGCAAGAAUGCCGUUGAUGAGCUGCUGUCUCUCGUCCGAGAGAUGACUCAGAAGUACAUUGAGAAGCUCUGCGCCUCCCCGGCUGUGUCCGAGAGCGAUGGAGGGAUGAUCCAGGUGCUCAUGACGGCCGUUGACAAGUUUCCCCAGAAGGACAUGCUGCAGCUGAAGCAGAAAUUUCUCAAGUGGCAGAAAAGCGUCCAAGCGGAGCUGCACAAGCAGCAAGCAGCGGCGCUUGGCAACAAGAUCCUCAACCAAGCCGGGAACGAGGAGGAGGAGGUCCCUGUCGAGGAGCUCGCGCAGCUUCUGGACAAGUUCAAGGCCGAGAAGGAACUGAAGGGCGAUGCAAAGGAGCUGCUUCAGCAGCUGAUCUGGGCCGUCAUGACGAAGAUGCACAACCAGGCCGAUGACUCGACGAUGGCAGUUGCCUCCAACCUCAAGCGGGUGCCGUAUCAGAUUUUCAGCAUCCUUGACGGCUUCGGACAGAUUGCCUUCGUCGACCUUGUUUCGGGAUGCUUGAAGUUUCAGAUGCAGUACAUGCAGGAUGGCUUGCACCUUUUGAAGCAGGCGGAGAAGUUCCGCAAGCUCGGCAGCGACCCUGCCGGCCGCCUCAAGAACGAUGUCAGGUGGGGUGGUCUUGUCGCGUACCUGAAGCAAUCGGAGGGUUUGCGGGCUGUCAAGCAGAAGGCCACCAAAGCCCUGGAGAAUUUGGCAACCGCAGAUCCUACUCAGCACGCCAAAAUCAAGGAGCUGUGCUUCUCUGACUUGGACCGACCCUUCCAGAUGCCGGAGGACAUCAAGGAAGCCAUUGUCUUGGCAAUGAAGGAAAUGCAGAAAAAUGCGGAGGAGCUCAUCGACAAAGUGGGUGACAUCACCCACGACCUGCACAUCCCGACAUCCAGAUGGACGAAGGACCUCAAGCACGAUGCUACGGUCGAGACGGUGAAGAUGUGCAUCUCCAGCACCCUCGACUUUGAUGUUUCCCCGCUCGAGCCGCCCCCCUACACUCAUGCAGUGAAGGCGUCAGUAGGGAUUGUUGGAGGCAGCCCGAAAGUUGCUUACAACUCUAGAAGCUUGACGGAAGCUGCUUUGUUGCAGGUGAAUUCCAAGAUCGUCCUAUGGAAGAAGAAGGUGGCUUUCCUCAAGGAGGCCGCGGAACUUGAGGCUGAGUGCGAAGCCUUCGUCAACAUGUGCGAGAAAGUCAAGGAGCACCUUUUCAAUGGCUAUGUUUUCAGAAGCGAAGGCGUUUUCGCCAAUGCGUUGCUGGAGAGGAACAAGGCUGAAGCGCAGACACUCGUUCGUGCUGAGCUUUCCUGCUUGCAGUCAGAUCAUUGGAACUUGGGCCUCGAUGAUACACAUGUCCAUCCAGCUGUGCUGGCAGCUGCAAAGCA